GAAUGGGCCAGGGCAGGAGAAUGUGCCCAUUUGAGACGGCUAUUUGCGCGAGGAUUCUGGCGACGAGGUCGAGAUUACGAGACAUGAGAACUUACUUCAAUAGGGUGCAUCUAUGAGCUGGCGUUUUCAUGUUUUGAUAUCAGCACGGAUGGCAUGGGCGCUUGGGGGACGGAUGUGGGAUAUGAGAUUUACAGCCACACAAAGGCUCCCCGAAUCUUUCAUUCACCGUUGUGGAAUUCUGGCAGAGGAGUUGGUUGGGUCGGUAGAUACACCAUUUCCCAUCGCUACUAAAAGUCGAUUGGAAGCUUCUUCCACGACUCCCGGCUAUGGAUGCAUGGAUGUAUUCUAUUUCCAAAUAGAGAGUCUUCGAAGUGAAGAGAUACGUUGACAGCAAUUCAAGUUCGAUUUCAACACCACACAACUUCUUUCAUGUGUAAUCAAUGUGAACGGAUAUUCGACUACAGCAUCACCCCACCCAAGUCGGACACCGCAACAUAUGCAUCCGCCCACCCCACCCACCAC